CUCUUAUUUAAAAAAAAAAAAAAAAAUCCAUAGGCAGACUGUCACUAAAAAUGGAAACAACGAGAGAAAUGAAGACAAUCAAUGGCGGCUUGUCUCCGAAUCCAGUUAUGAAAGAAUCGUCCGUCCCCUCUAGCAGAGUCAGAGACGACAAUCCGGCCGACGAGACUGAGAUAAGCAUUUUUGAUGCUCAGAAGUACUUUAGUGACACCACUGCCGACCCAAGACUCUGCAAGAGAGUAUCCACAAUUACCGUCAGUAAUCUUGAUACUUUUCCCGACAGAUUGUCCGUUUCCAGAUUCUCCUCUGCUUCAUCGGCCGAUGGAAAUGGAAGAAGUUACCGCCCUCAUUCCUUCCAUGCCACACCCACGGCCUCUUCUGAGGUUAGCUGGAAUAGUCAGGCAGGUCUGCUGUCUAAUCUUCCUGGUGCCAUGGCGAUUUCAAUGCAAAACCCGAGUGCAGAACGCAAGAAGAAAUCAAGGUCGUCGGUGAAAAGCUGGAUUUUCCGACGGAGAUGCCCCUGUUCUGGGAAGAAAUCCGUUCUGGUUGAGGACAAAUUAGCGGCUCCCAGAACAUCGGUAGCUUCAGUUUUGAGCAAUCGAGUUAAUGGGUGCUUGAAUUUGAAUCAGAAACAACAAUCUCCCAAUUCUGCGGAUAAAUGUUUGGGAACGACGAACUGGGGAGAUCGACGUGAAAUGAUUUCUAAUCCUCACAGAAUCUCCGCCGAGAUUCUUCUCCCGUCCCGUGUAGUGGCGUCGACGAGGCCUCUGAGCGACACUGCUGGAUUCACCUUUCCUAUACUGAACCAAUCAAAUCCACCUCCACCCCCUCCGCUGAAACUGCCGUUGAAUAGUUCUCCACCUCGAGAUUCAUUGGAAGUUUUCCAGCCAUCGGAGGAACGUGCUUGGAGAAAAUCCAGCGAAAUCCAAAGGAAAUUGGCAAGUCCCAAGUCCCGAACACACACGGCGGACGACGAUGUCGCCAGCGACGCUAGCUCCGAUCUUUUCGAGAUCGAGAGCUUCUCGACUCAACCCACGUCGUAUCCCCAUCCUCGAGAUCCACUCGACGAUGCUCCCAGCAGCAGAAGGCCAAGCGUCGGCCUUGGUCCGUACCGGCCACCGGUCACCCCACCAGAAUGCUACACACCAAGCGAGGUCAGCAUAGACUGGAGCGUGACCACCACAGAGGGGUUCGACCGAUCCUCGGUGGCAGCCUCAGAAGCUGAUGACAGAACAAGUACAGUCGACGGUGGCAAUGUAGCCAAGAAAAGAGGAAAUGGGUCGCUGCUGAGCUGUCGAUGCGAGAAGGCAGUGAGCGUAGGGCCACACCCGGUAAAAUGCGUGGUCCCCGGCGGUGAGGGACCGGCAACCACCACACUGCGGCAUGUGGGUAGUUUAAAUAAGCCACCGCUAGGGCGGCUGUCGGUGCCUUUGACCGCUAAAUAGGCCACAUCCCAUACUCUUAAUGUAGUUUUGGUGCAUUAUUAAAAUGUCGUCUGUGUGGUUGAUUUUCAAGGACUUGCUUUGUUUUGUCAAGUCUAAUGGAACAGUAUUGAGACUCUUUCAUCUUGCUAUAAUUGCCAUUUUUUUAAUUAAAAAUCUAUCUUAAAUUAGAGAUAAUUUAGUAGUUUAGUGUCGUUGUUUGGGUGUAAAACUUAGGGCUUUGGUGUUUACGCUGCCUUUACAAUGACUUGUGGUCACUAUGGCACAAGCUAAUGAACUUAUUGUUGUUGU